CUGCAUCGUGAUCGUCGAGGGGUUCGUGCCUUCGUCUUCCUUCGCGGUGCUGAGGUUCCCUGGUGGUGUCCCUUGACCUCUUCCUCCUUCCAUGACUGUUCUUGAACAAUUCUAUAGAUGAAUGUCCUGGCAUUGACAGCUGUUCUUGCUGUCAUUGAUCAGUGGAACAGACGUGAUACUUGCGUCGAACUCGAUCUCUGGGUCUGCCCGGUGUCCAGAAUGUCAGAGACCCGGGUGGGUCUUUGUGACUGCGGUGCAGAUGGCGCCAUCCCCGAGAACCAGUCGAUCAUCCUAGAUCCUCCAUCUAUUGCGAGUAAUUGGUCGCGUGAGGGAUCUCCAUUCGACAGCUUGCUAGGAUGUGACGUCGAAUCUCCGCGUUCAAUCACCUUUGUCUUGCGCAGGGCUCUGUAUGAGUGGCCCGGGUACCUGACAUCACUAUGCUGGCUUGUGUAACAUGUAGAUCCUCCAGAGAACAAUAUAACCCCGCGAAGGCAGUGUACCUUCGGUAGGGAUUGCGAGGAUACAUCCCACUUC